UUUGCCUGCUGUCAAGUUCGCUCUAAAAAAGAAAAUUAGGAGUAAUGAGCGUGGAUGCGUUGGGAAGCCCCGUGAUGGACCCUGCGUUUUCCAAACGGAGCACGGCGCUGAGAUUAGUUGACUUGGCAGGGGCUCACCACCAUCACCAUCAUCAUCACCACCAUACCCCUCAGAGCGUGACAGGCUUCCCGGGGUUUGGCGGGCACGCGCACUCAAUGGCUCACGCGCACCCUGGGGAGAUCACGGCGGAACCCCGCCUGGGGCCGAGUCCAUUCGGGCCAGAACCCAUGGGGCACUCGGCGGCCCUCAAAAUCAGCCCAGCCCAUCAUUAUCCCCACCACCACCACCACCACCAUCACAAUCAUCAUAUCGCAGGCCACGGUGAAGUGGUCUCCAGUCCAACGGGAGCUUUCGGCCCGGUGCAGGCUGCGGCGACGGUCCCGUACUCCAUGUCUCACGCGGCCCAGGCGCUAUCCGCAGGUAGGGAUUUCCUUCUUCGCCGAGAUCUGACAGCUCAAAGCGCCAUGCCCGCGUUGACCGAGCAGACCUCUGGUUCCGCCUCUCACCACGGAGUGUUUGUCUCGACCGCAGGUGGCUACCCGGGACACUAUGGCCACCUUCACCAUGACGCCGGAGCGCAUGCUCUCUUCCCUGGACUCCAUCAUGAGCAGCCGUCCAACGGAGCACCGGGUGGCCAAGCCUCGAACGGACAAAUAAGGCUAGGCUUACCGGGCGACAUGUACGUCAGGACCGAUCACUUGAGUCAAGUGGCAAGCAGUCGAUCGGAUCCGUUUUCAGCGUCUUCGCCUUUGCACGGUCUCAAUCUGAACAUGAACCUCAGCACUCACCAUCACCAUCACGGACACGGCGCCUUUUUCCGUUACAUGAGGCAACCGAUCAAGCAAGAGCUCAUCUGCAAGUGGCUGGAGCCAGAAAACUCGGCCAAGAAACUCUGCUCCAAAACUUACAGCACCAUGCACGAGCUGGUGACGCAUGUGACCGUGGAGCACGUCGGCGGACCCGAGCAGGCGAAUCACAUCUGUUUUUGGGAAGAGUGUCCCCGAGAAGGGAAGCCAUUUAAAGCCAAAUAUAAGCUCGUCAACCAUAUCAGAGUUCACACCGGAGAGAAACCGUUCCCGUGUCCGUUCCCUGGCUGUGGGAAAGUGUUCGCCCGAUCAGAAAACCUGAAAAUACACAAGAGGACACACACAGGCGAAAAGCCAUUCAAGUGCGAGUUUGAUGGUUGUGAUCGACGCUUCGCGAACAGCAGCGACCGGAAGAAGCACUCUCACGUGCACACCAGCGACAAGCCCUACAACUGCAAAGUGCGCGGUUGCGACAAGUCCUACACGCACCCGAGCUCCCUGCGCAAGCACAUGAAGGUCCACUGCAAGUCACCACCUCCUCCGAGCUCGGGCUACGAGUCCUCCACCCCGUCCCUCGUGUCUCCGUCGUCCGAUUUAGGCCGAGACACUCUGUCGGGGUCGCAGGCCGCCAAUCUGAGCGAGUGGUACGUGUGUCAUAGCUCAGGCCCUGGCGGCGCACACACCCCUCCCAGCGGCUCGUCCACACCAGACCCUUCAGAAGGUCCACCGUAUCAGAACUCGUGAAGACAUGUGCAUGCUCGUGGCUACUUUCCUGUAGUGCCCCGGGCUCUCUGACAGAUCCAUGUGAAACCGAGGUGGCCAAACGUGUUUAACACGUGGACUAAAUAUGAACUAUUAUCACCACCAGUGUCCAGUUUAUUGUAAUAAACCGGUUGCGCGCGCCAACAAGCGCAAGUGUUGCGUUCACACCCAGAGUGCUGAUUUCUGCUGUACAACUUCAUUCAACACUAUUUCAUUUUACACUACAGGUUAAAAAAAAAAUCAUCCAAUACUGAAGGUGUUUAUUAAACACCAGGGAUUGUGUUUGUAUGCAUAAAGAUGUAUUAAUUAUAUCAAAUUGUGAUUCUUUUUUUGUCUUUUUGUUUUCAAAAAGCUCUUAAUUUAUUUUUUUGAACCAGUACUGUCUUCUUUUCUAUUUUAUUA